AUGGAGAUUUUUGAUGUCCAGCACCCACUGAUUUUAGUUUUUGGCAUCCUGGGUAACAUUGUGUCUACCGGUGUUUACUUUGCUCCAAUGCCCACAUUUGUGGAAAUAUGGAAGGCAAAAUCGACAAAAGGGUUCGAGUCAUUGCCAUAUGUGGUGUCAUUGUUUAGCGCCUUGUUAUGGCUCUAUUAUGCGUUGAUGAAAGAAGGAAACACUUUCCUUCUCAUCACCAUUAACGCUCUUGGUUCCUUGGUUGAAGCCGUAUACGUCAUUAUUUUCAUCAUCUAUGCUACAUCCCAUGCCAAGAAGCAUACAUGUAAGAUCGUGAUUGGUACGAUGGCGUUGUGGGUUGUGAUAUGUGUGGGAUCAUUUAUGUUGUUGGAAGGAGCAAAACGAGCACUAGUUGUGGGUUGGCUUUGUGUUGGAGUUUCCAUCUGUGUUUUUGCAGCACCUCUUACCAUUUUGUGUGAAGUUGUGAAAACCAAAAGCGUCCAAUUCAUGCCAUUCCCAUUGUCCUGCUUUCUCACCCUAAGCGCCAUCAUGUGGUUCGUAUAUGGAAUGCUGACCCUCGACUUGUGUGUUACGGUUCCAAAUAUAGUAGGGUUUGUAUUGGGAAUGAUUCAGAUGGCAUUAUAUCAAUAUUACAAAGAAAGAAGCAAAGUGGCGAGCUACAUUAUCCAUGCAGUGUCGGAACACACAGUAAACAUAAAGCUAUCCAACUCAGAAGUCUAUCCGAUGGAUUCCGGUGGGAGGGAAGAUCAGGAACAUAACAACGACAACGCUGGGGUGGAAGUAGUGAACCUGAAGCCUCAUGUACUUAUGUCUUCAUCUUAA